AUGAAGAUUCUAAGCUUGAAUUGCCGGGGUUGUGGCAAGUCAGGGGCGAUUCCAGAGCUCCGCAGUCUGAUGGAGAACCACCGUCCAGACCUCGUUUUCCUGAUGGAGACGAAAUUGAGCAAGGAAAAAUGUGAGCGUAUGCAAUGGAUGUUGGGUUUUCCCCAUGGACUUUGUGUAAAGUCUGAAGGGCGAAGUGGUGGCAUUGCAUUGUGGUGGAAAAGAGAAAUUUCUGUCAGCCUGAAAUCUCUUGCCGAAGCUCACAUAGAUGUGUUCAUAUCCCCAGAUGAGUCAGGAUGGAAAGAGUUCAGACUAACUGGUUUCUACGGUGAACCACGUCGUGAUCUCCGUCCUCAAAGCUGGUACUUGUUGAAGUACUUGAAGCGUCAGUUUAAAAUACCCUGGAUAUGUGUUGGAGAUUUCAAUGAGGUGUUGUCAAAUUCUGAAUAUUUUGGUUCCAGAGAGAGGGCGGAGUGGCAGAUGGAUGGAUUCAGGGAAGUAGUGAAUUACUGUAACUUCAUUGAUCUCGGGUACACUGGUUUGCCUUAUACAUGGGAUAACAAGCAGAAUGGCAGCAGAAAUGUUAAAGUUCGCCUUGAUCGUGCAUUGGCCAAUGCAGAUUUUAUAAAUAUUUUUGAGGGCACCUGGGUGCAGCAUGUCCAGACCACAACCUCCGACCAUUGUGCGCUAAUUAUUGAAAUAAAGAAAGGCUUGCACAAUCAAGUUACUAGGACAACUUCGAAGCUUUUCAGAUACGAGAACAUGUGGCAAUCUCAUCAGGAGUACAACCAGAUUAUCAGAAAGGCUUGGUAUGAUAACAGAAAGGGUGAUAAUUUAAGCGCAGUCGCUACAACCUUACGAGGGGUUCAGAAAGAACUGCAACAUUGGAGCUAUUACACCUUCGGUUCCGUCCGCAGGAAGGCAACCAAAAAAGGUGCAGAUCGAAUUCAGAAAGCCAUUGAGGAUUAUAACAGAGCUUCUGGCCAGCUCGUCAACAAGCAGAAAUCUUCAGUUUUCUUUAGUCUUAAUACCAAUGAGGAAGUGAAGAUGGAAGUGCUGAAUAGUCUGGGCAUUGAAAAUGAGGCGUUAGGUGCUAAAUAUUUAGGCCUCCCUACGGCUGUUGGAAGGUCGACAAAGGAAGCUUUUGAGUACAUACCAGAGCGAGUGCAUGCAUUAGUAUCUGGAUGGUGCGAGAAGAAUCUGAAUGCGGCAGGAAGGGACGUCUUUUUGAAGUUGGUGGUGCAGGCAAUACCAACUUACUCUAUGAGCUGUUUUAAGCUCAGUCCGGCGAUUUGUAAAAAGAUCACCUCAUCAAUGUCAAACUACUAUUGGGGUGGAUGUCCAGAGAAGAGGAAAAUGCACUGGUUAAACUGGCCAGAUAUGACACGCUCCAAGUUGCAAGGAGGAAUGGGGUUCCGUGACUUGCCUACUUUCAAUUUGGCACUUCUCGCAAAACAGGGCUGGCGACUGUUGAUGAAACCAGACUCGUUAUAUGCUAGAGUGAUGAAGGGGAAGUAUUUUCCACAUUGUGACUUCAUGCAAGCAAAGAAAGGAAAACACUCCUCGCAUACAUGGCGUGCUAUCCUCAGUGGGCGUUAUGCGCUGGAACGUGGUAUGAUCAAACGAGUCGGGACUGGAAAGGAUAUUAAAAUAUGGGAGGACAAUUGGAUCCCCUCAAACAGAUCACUUAGACCCUUAUGGAAACCACCGAACACCCAGCUAACAUGGGUGGCCGAUUUGAUAAAUGCAGCUGAAGGAACUUGGAAUGAAAGCCUGGUACGUGACACUUUUAUACCUCCAGAUGCAAAUGCAAUUCUCUCCAUCCCUCUUGGUGGAAUUGAAAGUGAUACUCUAGCCUGGGUUUUUGAGAAGCAUGCAAGCACUAAGCACACAGUGAAGCCACAGAAGAAAGGGUUCUUUGCAAUGGAUCGUCGUGCUAGCUUUGCUGCCCCGAGCAUCCGCGUCAGGAUUCCUGACCAGCUGCCGACGCUGUUCGAGCCGCAGAACACCACGCCGCACGUGCGCACCCACUCCGACGCCGGCGAAGAAGUGCCGUCUCCGGAACGCUGCCUCAGCGUGCUGGCCCUCCAGCUCGCCGUCCUGGAGAAAGCCGCGAGCCGUCUCGGCACGCUGGCCUUCGUCUGGGCCACGGUCGUCCUCCUUGCCGGGUUCGCCAUCACGCUGGGCCGGACCGACUUCUGGUGCAUCACGGGCCUCCUCCUAAUCGAGGGCACCCGCAUCCUGGGCCGCAGCCACGAGCUGGAGUGGCAGCACCAGGCCACUUGGCGCCGCCACCGGCCCGUGUCCUGCGCUAUUGUGCGCGCCUUCUCCUGGAUGCAGCUCGUCUCCGCCUCGGCGUGCGUCUCUCUCUCCCUCAUCCGCCUCCUCCACCAGCACUAUGGCGGCAGUGAGGAGGCCCGCACCAAUCGGAGCGCCGCGCUGAACAUCUUCUACGGCCUAGCGCUCGCUGAGGCACUCCUGUUCCUCGUCGAGAAGGCGCUGUGGCAGUGGAAGAUGGGCCACCGACGCCUUCUCGAGAGCGUCGCCGAGGACUGCAACCUUGCUAACGCCUGCGGCGGCGAGGUGGCCGUCCGCCGCUUCUUCUAUGACUCCUACUCAUGCUGCCUCAACGGUAGCAUCUUCGACGGCCUUCACAUGGACCUCGUCUCCUACGCCAACGACCUCGUUACAGCGGGCUCCCACGACGAGCAGAGCCUUGGCGUCGGCAUCCUCGUCUCUCUCGCCGAGUCUGACCGCUUCGCCGACGCCGCGCUCCGUAAGAUAGGCGUUUCCGCGCCCACCAUCGAGAGGCUCAUCGAGAUGCUCAGCUGGAAGGACUCGACGGAGAGGGAGGUCCGGCGAUCGGCAGCGGUAGUGGUGUCCAUGCUCACAGAGAGGAAGCACAUCGCCCUCCGUAUCACCGGCAUCCCCGGCGCUAUCGAGUCGGUCGCCUCGCUACUCUACGCUGACCUCGACGAGGUCAACAUCCUCGGCCUCUCCAUCCUCAACAAGCUAGCUCACGACCACGAUAACUGCGACAAGAUCGGCAACACGCGCGGCCUCCUCGACAAGAUCAUCUCCUACUCCAGUAUCGACCAUGGGCGCCUGGCCCCGACAACGCCGAGGGACAUGAGGCUCAAGGCGGUGAAGCAGUCGCUCCGCGUGGUAAAGAGGCUGGCGGGGACGACGGGGAACACCGGGAAGCUGCUCCGGAGGGAGCUAACCGACAUCGUCUUUACCGUGAGCAACGUCAGGGAGGUGCUGCAGCACCAUGACAAGAAGGUCCAGGCCGAGCUGCACCAGCUGGGCAUUGAGAUACUGACGAGCCUUUCCAUGGACAAGGAGGCGAGGGAGGUCAUCGGCGAGACGGGCGGCGUGGUGAGAGUGCUUGUCUCCAUGUUCUUGUCUCCAGUGGCGACGGCAGAUUUUCGACAUGCAGAUGCGAUCCGGGUGGAGGCCGGCGAGGCGCUCGCGAUGCUGGCCCUGGAGAGCAAGAACAACUGUGGCGCGAUCAUAAUGGCUCUUGGCGGAGGGGUCGGGAGGCUCGUUGCCGCGCUGAACGACCCUGUUGUCAUCGUCGGUGCCGCCAGGAUCCUGCACAACCUAUGCUCCUAUGCUGGCGACGAGUGGCAGAUCAAGCUGAAAGGAGUCACGGCCGGCGCCACCAAGGUGUUGAGGACAAUCAUGGUGGAGAAGGAGAAGGUCCUCAACAUCUUCCUCGGGCUUGCGGCGCAGAUGGUCCAGUUUAUGGAGCCAAGGGAGCUCAAAGCAAGCCUCGCCACGGCGAGCGUGGUGGACACGGUCCUGGCGGGGACGCUGGUGCAGGUGCUGCGUCAGUACAGCCGCCCGUCCAUGGACGUGCCUCCAAUCCGCCGGUACACCAUCGAGCUCGCCGUCGCCAUGAUGCGGUCGGACGCUCGCUACGUGGCCCUGUUCUUCGAGCUCGGGAUGGAGGGCGAGCUGAGACGCGUCGCUGGAACCACAUCGCAGCUCGAGUGCUUCAAUGUCUUCUCCGGAAGCGUAGGGCUCAGUCGACACACCAUCAAUGUUUGCUCGCUCGUCACGUCGGCGUUGGAGUUGAUGAAGAAGAACUGA